AUGAUGCGGUUGGUUAAUGUUGUGGUGGUUGAGGGUGAUGGACUUCCUGAUAGUAUAUGCGAUGGCUGUGCAAGUGAACUGUCUGCAGCGUACGACUUUGUCAUUAAAUGUGAAGCCUCAGACAAGGCUUUCCGAUCAAACUUUACUAAAAUAUAUGAAGAAGUAGUGCCUGAACUAGAACUUCAUGUUAAGCUAGAAAAUAUUAAGGAAGAAAGUGAACAUGAUGAUCACGAUCAUUUUGACAGUUUCAUACUAGACAACACCUGUGACAGCUAUAAUGGUAAUAAAGUUAAAAGAAAGUAUAUCAAGUCGAAAAAGUUUCAAGCAAACAUUGAUCGGCGGAAGUUAAAACCUAAACUUGGGCCAGUAAGUUGCAGUGUGUGUGGACAUAUGGCUACUUGUCGGUCAGCCUUAGAGGGUCACAUGAGAACUCAUACUGGAGAGAAGCCUUUUGCAUGUGACUACUGUGGAGCAAGGUUUAACCUCAAGGGAACUCUCAAGAGACAUUUAAUAACACACCACACACAGAGAGAAAGAAAAUUUAUUUGUGAAACUUGUGGCAGCAGUUUCUUCACAAAGAGUGACAUCAUAACACACAUUAGAGUGCAUACUGAUGAGAGGCCUUACCCCUGUCCUUUCUGUGACAAAGCUUUCCGACAAAUAGCUUCAUUGAUACGCCACAAGAGAAUGCACACUGGUGAAAAACCAUACUCUUGUAAUAUCUGCUUCAAGAAGUUCAAAGACCCUGGCCACAUGAAGAGACAUCAGUAUGUACACUCUGACGAGAAGAAUUUCACUUGCCACCUGUGUAAUAAAUCGGUGAAAACUAAAAAUGCUCUAAAAGUUCAUAUGCAGAUACACUCAAAUGAAAAAAAUAACAUUUGCAAUUACUGUGGCAUGGCAUUCUCAUUUAAAGGCAAUCUGCAAGUUCAUAUCAGAAGAAUGCACUCUGAGAGGUCAGGUCAUUGCACUGUCUGUUUGAAGACAUUCUCUGACUUAGAGAGUCACAUGCGCAAACACACCGGGGAGAAGCCUUUCUCUUGCAAGUUUUGUAAUCAAGGAUUUGCAAGUAAGAGGAGUCUGUCAAAUCACAUUGUCUUCAAACAUACAACAAAGUUUAAGUGCUCCAUAGGAGAAUGCACCAAGACAUUCCCAACUGCUAUGAUGCUGGAGUUCCACCUACUAAAGCAGCAUACACACCACACACCAUAUGUAUGCCAUCACUGUUCCAGAGGAUUCUUCAGAACAAGUGAUCUGUCUCGUCACCUCAGAGUCAGUCACAUGGAUACUCUUACUCGUACAGUUGAUCCUCAAAUUUGUAAACCUCAGUUGUCAGAAUCACCCAUUAUGCAGAAUAAUAUUGUGUAG